GCCUGUAUUGAGCAGAAAAUGUUGACGAGAAUUCCCAGAGGUACCGAGACAACCGAGCUAUGCCACGACAGCUCGACACACUGAGAUCACUGAAUAACAAAACAACAUCAUGGAGAGCCUCAUCUAUGUCGACACCGAUGUCGUCUGUCUCCUCAGCCAGCUGAAUGCCUAUGACUACAUCAUAGUAGGCAGUGGCUUCGGCGGCGGGUCUCUCGCAGAGGUCCUUGCGCUCCAGAAGAAGAGGGUCCUCCUGGUCGAGCGGGGAGAUGUCAUAUUCUCCACGCACAUCCUCAACACGUCGCGGCCAUACUUUGGCCGGGGGGCCAGCAACAACCCCGAAGGCAACGAGAGCGUCUUCGACAGCGUCAAGGCCAAGGUGCAAUGCACCGAGGGCUCGGAGAGCUUCAUCGGUGGGCCGAUCUAUUGCCUCGGGGGCCGGAGCAACGUCUGGGGGAUCUGGACGCCCCAGAUCAGCCAGGACACGCUGGUCGAGUACUUCCCCUACGAGAUCAAGCAGUCCCUCCUCGACAAGGGUGGCUACAAGAAGGCGUUCGACUUCAUUACCAGCAAGUCACAGACCGACUUCGUGUACCCCAUGGGCAGCGGCGCGGAAAACAACCCGGUCAGGAUCAGCGAGGCCGAGUUACAGGACACUCAGUGCCUGCUGCAAGCCGCAGUCCCCGAGGCCGGGCCGUCAGGCGGCUUCACGCUCAUGCCGGUGGCCGCCGAGUUCAACUCGUCUGCCCCCUACAAGUUUCCCCAGGGUGCUUACAGCACUACCCUGGCGCUCAUGAACCGCAUGUUUGCGAACGACAAGUACCUGACGGUCCUCAUGAGGACAGAGGUGCUCGCUGUCCAGCGCAGCAGCGACGAGAACGGAUCGGCUGGCCGAGGAUCGUCCAUCACAUCCCUCAAGGUGCGAAAUACAAAAGAUGGUACUAUCAGGGACCUCGGAGUUGGGUCCGCCAAGGUGAUCCUCGCCGCCGGCUCCAUCGGCACAGCAUCCAUCGCCUUGAACAGCGGCCUGCACCAGCUGCCCGCCCCGGCGAGCGGCCUCGUCGGCAAGGGGAUCAUCGACCACGACAUCUGCUACGUGCGCUUCGCCAUGGAGAAGGGGCUCGAGCUCAAGAAGCCCCUGAACCUCAAGUCGGUCGUCACAAUCGACGGCCGGCGCUGCCUGCUGACGGUGACGGUCAACGCCAACUUCUUCCUCGCGGGCAGCUCGGCCUCGACCGCGCCGGCGCAGUGGUACCGGGACGGCAGGCUGAUCAAGUCGCCGCGCAGCCGCGCCGCCCCGGGCGACACGACAGAGUAUGACACCAUCGCCGUGCUCUUCGAGUUCGUCGGCCCCCUCGAGGACAAGAACGAGGUCCUCAGCCUGCCCGGGAAGGACCCCGUGCUGCACAUCAUCCGCCCCGCCAUCAAGCCCCAGGUCCAGGCGGGCAUGGAGGACAUCACCAGGCAGAUCCGGAACAGGUUCGUGUACAAUGACGAGAACUUCAAGACUGACGACCCGCCGCCGCGCCCGGUGCGCAUGGGGUUCGGGGUCUUUGCGCACGAGUGUGGGACCAUGCGCAUGGACGGCCCGAAGGGGCAGGGCGUCGUUGAUACGGACCUGAAGGUCAAGGGCCUGGACAACCUUUGGGUGUGUGAUUUGUCCGUCUUCCCUGUCAGCCCUGAGGCGAACCCCGGCUUGACGCUGGCGGCGCUGUCGCUGCGUCUGGCUCAGCACCUCGAGGGCAAGCCCCUUGAUGAUCUUGAGCCAUGGUGCCAGGAGACAGCGACGAGGAGCCUGGAUUCAGACUUGACAGUUUGUUCUUGUGCAAAAGGAGGAAGAAAGUCAUGAACAGGAUUGCGUGGGCCUGGGUGCAGAUGAUUGGCAGACACGUAGAACUGAACAGGGAUCGUUUUAAGCGUAGGACGUUAUUUACUCCGUAGUACCACUUUCGAGCAGGGCGA